AUGAAUUACCUAGGAUGGAACUGUCGGGGUGUAGGUGGCAAGCCGACAGUUCGAGAUCUGGGUGAGAUCACCCGUGCUACCAAAGCAAGUCUGAUAUUUCUUUGUGAAACACGCCAGAAAGCUGAAAAGGUCCGUCGGCUGCGAGGAAGGCUUGGUCUGAGGGGCUUUACAGGAGUUGACAGCGAGGGACUGAGUGGUGGUUUGGCUUUAUUUUGGAAUGACCAGAUACAUGUGGAGGUACAGAGCCAAUGUGAGAGAUACAUUGAUGUCCAUGGCAGAAUAUCUGAGGAUGAUCCAGUAUGGCGUCUGACUUGUGUAUAUGGUGAACCAAGGGUAGAAAAUAGACAUAAUAUGUGGUCCACUAUGUGUAAUCUAAAGCAACAAUCGGAGCUGCCCUGGUGUGUGCUAGGAGAUUUCAAUGAAGCAAUGUGGGCCUUUGAGCACUUCUCGGCGUCCCAGCGUUCGGAAACACAGAUGUUGGCCUUCAGGGAUAUGUUGGAAACAUGUGAGUUAGUGGAUCUGGGCUUCUCUGGAUUGCCAUUUACAUAUGAUAACAACAGACGGGGGCGUGGCAAUGUCAAGGUCAGGUUGGACCGAGUGGUUGCCGACAAUCAGUGGAGGAAUUUGUUCGCGGAUGCCAGCGUCGUUCAUAAAACCUCGCCGUGCUUGGAUCAUUGCCCUAUUCUUCUACAGUGCGAAAAGGAAGUGAUCCAAACACAGCGCAAAAAUUUCAAAAGAUAUGAAGUUAUGUGGGAGCGGGAAGCUUGCCUCCCGGCAUUUCAAAUGCGUGGGCUGAAGCUGGGCCGAAGGGAGGAGAUGAUGUGGAUGCAACGCUCAAGAAUUGACUGGCUUCGAGAAGGUGAUCGCAAUACGAAAUUCUUUCAUAGCAAGGCAGUAUGGAGGGCUAGGAAGAACAAAGUGAAGAAAAUCGUCGACGACCAGGGUAUCGAGCAUGAUGACCAAGCCAUGAUGGGCAAGCUAGUCAAUGAAUACUUUGACGGGUUGUUCGCUGCUGAUAGCUCCCUGGACCCGGGCCUCAUUCUCCCCUUAAUAGAAACAAAAGUUUCGCCUGAAAUGAAUGCCAGAUUGUUGGUUGAGUUUACAGACAAGGAAAUAUCGGAUGCCCUCUUCCAAAUUGGGCCUUUGAAGGCACCAGGAGCAGAUGGAUUCCCGGCCAGAUUCUUUCAACGGAACUGGAGUACUUUGAAGGAUGAAAUAAUUCCUGCGAUCAAGGAGUUUUUCAUAACCGGAGUUAUGCCAUCAGGUGUCAACGAUGCUAUCAUUGUUCUGAUUCCCAAAGUAGACAACCCAACAAAAGUGACUGAUUUCAGACCAAUAAGUCUUUGUAACGUGAUUUACAAAAUAGUCGCUAAGUGUCUGGUGAAUAGACUGAGGCCGAUACUCGAUGACAUAGUGUCCCUGAAUCAGAGUGCGUUUGUACCUGGACGUUUGAUCACUGAUAAUGCAUUAGUGGCGUUUGAGUGCUUUCAUUAUAUACAGCAAGAGAAGGAUCCAGAGAAGAGCUUCUGUGCAUAUAAACUUGACCUCUCAAAGGCAUAUGAUAGAGUGGAUUGGAGAUUCUUGGGGCAAACGAUGAUUAAGAUGGGUUUUGAUCGCCGGUGGGUGAAGUGGAUCAUGACGUGUGUCACCACGGUGAAAUAUCAAGUGAAAUUUAAUGGAGCCAUCCUAGAUUCGUUUGCACCGUCGCGUGGGCUUCGGCAAGGUGAUCCCCUCUCCCCUUUCUUAUUCCUUUUUGUGGCUGAUGGUUUGUCUGCAUUACUAAGGCGUGGAAUGGAGCAACAAAGUAUAACACCGAUCAGAAUCUGUCCCCGGGCACCAGGUGUGUCACAUCUGUUAUUUGCUGAUGAUACUUUGCUCUUCUUUAAAGCUACAGUGCAUGAAGCCGAACAAGUGAAGGAAAUUGUGGAGGAGUAUGGAAGAGCAACCGGGCAGCUAAUUAAUCAUAGCAAAUGUUCUACCUUGUUUAGCCGUGGGUGUCCAGCUACCUUGCAGGAGGAGAUUAGGAGCACCUUGCAGGUAGAGAAACCACAAUUCGAAGCAAAAUAUCUUGGUCUUCCCACUCCUGAAGGUCGACUGAAUAAAGGCAAGCUCCAGAACCUGCAGACAAAAUUCACCAAGAGGUUCAUGGAGUGGGGAGAUGGUCUUCCAUCGCAAGCUGCAAAAGAGGUGCUCAUUAAGGCAGUCGCCCAGGCGAUACCAACCUAUAUAAUGGGUGUGUUUAAAUUGCCUUUGGGAUUGUGUGAUGACCUAAACCGGAUGAUUUGCAACUACUGGUGGGGGUCAAGGAAGGGAGCACGGAAAACUCAUUGGAAGUCUUGGGAGGCUCUGACACACCCAAAGAACCAAGGUGGUUUAGGGUUUAAGGAUUUUCGUCUCUUUAACCAAGCUAUUCUAGCUCGGCAAGCGUGGCGCCUUAUAACUAAACCUGACAGUCUGUGUGCCUUGAUCCUCAAAGCGCGUUAUUACCCUAAUGGCCGGCUUGAGGACACUGUUUUUGCAGGUAAUGCGUCGUCGUCGUGGCAGGCGAUCCAACAUGGACUGAACUUGCUGAAAAAGGGGCUGGUAUGGAGGGUGGGGGAUGGUAGCCAGAUCCGUAUCUGGAGAGAUCCCUGGCUACCUAAACCCUUCUCUUACCGACCACUUUCGGAGAGAGGGACCUGUAGACUGAAACGUGUCUCGGAGUUGCUGACGGAAACGGGAGAAUGGAGAGUCGAUCUCCUUCGCCGUUACUUCCGGAGCAUGGACGUGGAGGAGAUCCUGAAGAUAAAGGCUUUGCCGAGAAGAUGUAACGACGUCCUUGCAUGGGCUCCUGAUCGGCGAGGCAUCUUCACCGUCAGCAGCGCCUAUAAGGUGGCAUGGGAGGCUAUUCAUCGCACGUCUACGUGCGCCGCGAGCAGGGCACCGGACGGCAGUCGAGCCAUCUGGGACAUGGUUUGGGGGUGCCCUGCUCCUCCCAAGGUACGCGUCUUUGCAUGGCGGCUGGUUACAAAUUCGUUGGCCACAUGGGAAAAUAAAAAGAAGCGGAAUCUGGAAGUAUCUGACAUUUGUGUUCUUUGUGGAAUGGAAUGUGAGGACACAUACCACACCUUUUGCAGAUGUCCGUCGGCAAGAUCGUUGUGGGAUGCGAUGCGAGAGGUUUGGCCUCUCAAGGAGCACAUACCCAAUACUGGGAAGGAGUGGUUAUUCCAGGCACUGGACCAAGCCUCAGAUCAGGAAAGGCUGAUGAUGUUGAUGACAUUCUGGAGAAUUUGGCAUGUGCGGAAUGAGCUUGUGCACCAGAAGGCGGCGCCACCAGUUGAAGCUUCUCGGAGGUUCCUUUGUAGUUAUGUUGAUUCGCUGUUAUGCAUCAAGCAAGAGCCAAUGCUUGACCCGAUUAAAGGGAAGGCCAUCAUCCCUAUUGGUACUGCGGCAAGAUCUCGCAAGCACAAGGGAGUUGUGAAGCCUAGGAGCCACGGGGUGUGGUCGAAACCUCCGCAGGGAUGGGCCAAGUUAAAUGUUGAUGGAGCUUGGGCUACAGCAACUCACACAGGUGGCACAGGAAUGGUGUUGAGGGACGAAGAAGGCAAUAUCAUUAUCACGGGGUGCAGGUUUCUACAGAGCUGUGGGAGUCCACUCGAAGCGGAGGUGUUGGCAUGUAUGGAUGGUCUAACACUUGCCCUGGAGAGAACGUCUAAACCGAUCAUCAUGGAGAGUGACUGUCUGGAAGCAGUGUCUAUGAUUAAUAGUGAGAGCACCAAUAGAUCUGAGGUAGCAGCACUCAUUGAUGCUGCUAAGCAUUUGUGUAAUCCUGAUAGAGUAGUUCAGAGGCCAGGGGUAGCCAUUGCCGCAUCACAUGACUUUCAGAAGGACGAAAUGGUGUUGCAUUGA